CGAGCGUGAUGGUGAGCUCAGUAUAGGAAGGUUUUCAACGUGACAAGCGACGACGUUAUUUCAGUAGCAUGCAUUUUAUCGCGACACUUGGAGAGAGUUAUAGCUGGUUCUCGAGAAUGUAAACAUCACGUGCUGUUCAAGAUACAACAUGAGUAGUAUUGAUGAUGGUUGUCGUCGCUUUAGCCGAGAAUACUUCUAGUGUAAUCUACUAGCAUGUUGGUUGAGAGAAAACACACAACUAUUCUGCUCUGUCUGGUAAACAAUCGUUUUCUGCCACCUAAUCGUACACAAUCGUUUAUUUGACUAUUGAAACUAAGACUUCGAGAAGUUCAAUGAUGACUAUCAAACCAGCACGUGUUCUCCACGUGAGAUAGAAGCCUGGUAUCAACUAGUUUAUAUUAACCAUCAAGGUACUUGUCAUUCCCAAUACGUCCCAGAAUUGCAAUCCCACGCAUGUAACCAGCCUGCUAUACGUGGAUGAGUGGUCCUGAAGUCACAGGAAAGCUGGCCCACAACCGCAUAACCUCCAGGGCGAGCGGCCGGCGUAGUAGCGGCCUUCGAGGAGUAUUGUCUCGGCGACUUUCUGUGGGUUCCUUGCACGACAGCCUCGACAAUAGCAAGGGCAGUCAACCGCAUCUAGCCGAGUGUAACAGGCUUAUAGAAGAGUUGAACUACCAGACGGCACUAUUUCGUGACUUUCUCAUUUCGGUAGGGAAGCCAAAUGACAGUCCAGAAAUAAGGGAUAGGAUCAAACAAGUGCGCCGAAAGUGUGUAGACUCUUGUUCCUCAGUUAGUCAUUUGCUAAUGCCUCAAAUACGAAGUGAUGUAGCAGAAGGAAUACCAGUGGAUAGCCAGCACCUGGUAAACCUAGUCUGUUGUACACAACUUUUGCUGCGGGAACUUCGCAAGUGUAACCAGAUGGUUUCUGUAAACGCAAUGGAUAUGCGUGAAUUUUAUGAAAACCGUCCAAGUACCUCAGGCAUGGCAGUACUCGAUAAACUGGUUCUUUGGCGACCUCCCCACGAUUACCACCAGGAGGAACUAGUGUCCAUUGCUAGGGAUACAGAAGCCAUUGUACAUUUGUUAGGAGAAAUGCAAGAAUACAUGCCAAAGGAAACUAACUACAAAUCUCUCAUUGAAGACAGCCCGAUUACCUUUCCUACACGACAAAAAGGAGCAUUCUACCGAAACAUAGGCGAUCUCUGCUGUUUGUGUAAAUCAAAUCUGAGCUAACCCAAGCGCUCGUCCUGCAAGAAUGGCAAGCUAGUGUUGACUUCAUUGAAUUCAGAAACUUAAAGAAGGUGUACAUUUAUUCAUGUGGCGUGCCUCCUGAAAGUUACAAACACUUCUCUUGUGCCUCCCAAAAACAGAAGAAAUCCAACACAUCUGCUUUUUUGUUAUACUUAACUGUGGCUAUGAUGUUAAUAGAUUCAGCAAAUAAUUACUUAGAUCAGAACGUUUCUUGUAAGUUAUUUCCUGAUAUAUGAGUGAAAAUGAAUAUCUAAACUAUUACAUGUACACAUUUAAUGGUGUGUUUUAAUUAUCACAGUUUUUUAAUCAUAUAAUACCUGUGUGUAUUUAAGUACAGCAGGUUGACAAUUAUAGUUGUGAGCCAUUGUUUAUCAAAAAUAUAUUUGAUUGUUAAGGAGAUUGACCAAUUUUUCUUAAAGAUUGACUCUUUUAUCCGACUCACAAAUUCGAGAGCACAUAAAAAAAUCAUUAUUCCUUUCUAAAGAAUUUACAUGUAAAAUGGAAUAUGUCUAAUUUUUACAUUGUAGUUUAAAUUUCGCUAGUUUUCACCUGUUUAGUGUUCUUGAAAACAACAUAAUUAUACUAAUAACUACUAAGAAGAGCCAGCCCUUUUUUCAGUAUGCCUUCACCAUCUGUCUGAAAAAAUACAGUUCUUAUCUUGAUUAUGUUUGGAAUAUCCUUUGGCAUAUUGAGUGGUAAAACUUCUAGUUAUUUAAACACCUAGUCACGUAUUUGUUAAUGUACAAAGUAACCUCAUUUUGUAUUGUACUUGCUGAAUAAACUUUCCGUAUGUAGAAAAGUUUAUAAUUAAAUGCGCUAAAUACACAUUAAAAUGGUUUGAAUUAAAUAAGUAUUGAAGCCACUAAGCAAAUUUAAAGCAGACACCUGAACUGCACCAAAAUAUUUAUGGUAUUCAAACAUUUUGAAAAUUGUGUUGUAAACUUAUAUUGUAAACAUGAUUGUGUUAUCGAACAUUUCAAUCUAUUUACUUCAAGGUUAUAUAUAUAUAUAUGCACCUUACCUUUAUUGAAGUCUGUAGAUCAGCACUCUUGGUCAUGUGUAGGGUGUUAAUCAGCAUUUGCUUGUAAGUCUUCGAAAUUACAGGUAAUUUUAACACCCCUAGCGUAUUUUAUGAUAGAGAUUGUUUUGAAUUUUGCUUAGAAUGUGGACUUAGGACUAAUCGAAAUCUUCUAAACUGGCCGAACCUCAUGAUCUAUUAUUGGACUUGCCGUCAGCGAGGGUAUCGAACUGAUGAACAAAGGCAUUACAAUUUUUAUAAGUAAGAAAAUAUAUUUAGUUAGCUAUACUCAUUAGCGGAUUGAUUCUUAGUUUUGAUCUAAGUUAAUAUUAAUAGCAUUGAAAAAGGGGUGAUUUUGAUCUGAACAGAAGAAUCAAAGUUAAUUGCAGCUAUCGUUUAGAUCUAAAUCUCCUUAUUUAUUAAUCAAAUACUCAGAAAUGUACUAUUUGUAAAUUAGACCUAACGCAACUUCGCUAAAUUUCCUUAUGUUAGUAUAAAAACUUAUGGCAAACAUUUAACACCUCACUCAGGUUCGUGCUUAGAGAUCAAUUAACAUGCCAUGCCACAUGAAACUAAUAUUAUUUUUAUUAACUCUAUUGCUUGAAAUAGUCGUAUUAUGAAAACUACUAAAAUAAAUAAGUAAUAAAAAGUAGCAGGGCCUUCAAACUUGAAUGCAACUGAUUCCGAGACUGCAUCUUAAAGGGGAGCACAUUAAACUGAAUUUAUGAUAUGUACCUAAAAUAUUCACUCGUUUAAAUGUUAAUCUCAUAUUAAAGGGAUGUGACAUGUGGUUGCGAUUAUAGCAAUAAUUGUAAGAAAGAAAUAUUUGAAAAUACUUGUACAAGUGAAACAUUAGGAAACAUUUUCAGAAUACUCGUAACUGAUAUGUUUCUACAAUGUAAAAGUACACUUAACUGUUGUACAAGUGAAACAUAAGGAAACAUUUUCAGAAUACUCGUAACUGAUAUAUUUCUACAAUGUAAAAUACACUUAACUGUUUUACAAGUGAAACAUAAGGAAACAUUUUCAGAAUACUCGUAACUGAUAUAUUUCUACAAUGUAAAAUACACUUAACUGUUUUACAAGUGAAACAUUAGGAAACAUUUUCAGAAUACUCGUAACUGAUAUGUUUCUACAAUGUAAAAGACACUUAACUGUAAUUAAAAUCGUAAAAUAACAGUUAAAGUGAUGACAGUCCAACGCACAUUUCGAGUUCGAGUAUAAAGUAACAUUACAAAACAAAGAUCAAACAUGUUACUCGUUAUAUCUACGGAUAAUAAACAUUGCGUAAGAAAUACUAACAAAGAUGAAAAUAGUAAUUCAUAUUGUAUAAAAGCAAUAAUAUUAAUGGAUUUUGCUUAAGCUACUUAUUUUAUGAAUUUCUGUAAAAUAAAAGUUAAGGAGACAGAUAAAAGGCAAAAUGCUUGAUUUUUUUUUUCUUUGAAAGAGGGAGCAUUUAUUUAAUUUCAUAUCGGAAACCUUGCUACUAAUUCAGUUCUUUUUUUUUUAUUAAUAAACUAACCUGUUCAUUGAUUCUUACACGUGAAAUGAUCUUGUUUAAUCUAAACAAAAACUGAUUGAAAAUCGUGGCUGCUGCACGUGACAGUUCCUUCUUACUCUGUUCACAUCACUAUUUUAAAUCCCAUUGCUUUAAGUGAAAAUAUAAAAAAUGUGUUCUUUAGUUUUUACUCUCAAGGAAUACGCACCGUAUAAAAACAUAAUAUAAAUCCUUGCACGUUCAUGUUAUGCUACAUAGAUGACAGGGUAGAACUGUGUGAAGGAAGUUUUCUCAAGUAAGAAAUAAUAGGUUAUAUCAAAAGUUUCUAAUAACAUCCUAUAAAAUGGAGUCAUAUAUACAUAUAUGUUUAUGAUCUUUUUGUCGAUGUAAAUACAUUUUUGAGUGGUGAAAAUAGUUUACUUUAACUAUGCUUGAUUGUACUAGCCUUAUAGGAACCUUUUUUAUUUCAUUAAGUGCAAGUUUGUUGUACAGAUUUUCUGGAAACUUGUCAUUUUUCCUAAU